ACACUUUCGAAUUAUAUUUUCGGCGGGUAAUCAGUAGUUUUUGUGUAUGUAUAUCGUUUCUUUCAAACUAGCUUUCUGUACAUAGUGUAGUAGUUAGCUUAUCGCUCAUCAGCCUUUGAAGCUUUCAGGACGAGCACAGCGCACCUUUUUUGCUAUCUAGGAUGUAUUACAUAGACCCAAACAUUCUGAAAGGCAUGAAGCUUGCAAACAGCUUUUGAUUUCUGAGACUUAAGGUUUUACCUGCGCUUACUUCUUAGUCACGUUGAUAGUACUGCGUAGAUAUGCAAUCAGGUGCAUCAAUAACAACAUAAUAAGAUACAAAUGACCUUUGUUAUGGGAUUACUGACUGAUUUAUUGGUUUGAUCGAUACUUUUAAUUGAAAAGCUGCAGUUAGCUGGAAGCUAAUUGAACCGAAAAUUUAUACGCAUUUCACCAGAGAAUAUAUAUAUAUAUAUAUACCAUGUCCACUGCUUUGUGAAUUGUAGUAUUGGAACAAGUCUUAAACAGCGGUAACAACAAUUGUGAUAUAGACUUAUUAUACACACAUGUAUCCGCAUCAAUAAGCAAUACUUCACUUCUCUCCACUACUUAAACUUGUUUCCAGUAAUUAUCGUAGUUAACAUUUUAAUAGCAAUUAGAACUAGUAUUCACGCUAUUACUAGUUCAGAUUCAAGUUACAACAGAAGUAAUCUGUCUGACACAAUGAUGUCUGUGUAUUUGUACAGGAAAGGUGUGUACUUAAUGGCUUUGGGUACGUAAUUUGGUAUCACAAACCAAUUGCUACUUUUUAAAUAUUUAUAGCCAUACCCUCAGACCUUUCUCCUGGAAAGAAAACUACGGUUAUUAUGGUGUCAGCUCUUAACAACCGCAGCAUAUUUCUAGCCAUAUUUUAAUCGAUCACAAGACUUUCGUAAAUGGGAAGUUGAUGAAAAAAAAUAUUUCAAAGUGUAAACUGAUUUACAUAAUUAACGAGCGUAUUAAUGGCUCUCUCUGUAAAACGUUAAAAUAUUCGAACUCACUUAGAAGGAAUGAAUUAGUCGUCUUUUAUAAUAUUUUGAGUGACCUAAGUAGAUUUUUUAGGUUUCCACAUUCUUCCUUGUUAUAGUGUUUCCAGCACAAACGGACAUCGUCUACAAUGUAAAAUCGCUCUGUAACCUUAGGGAUUAGUGAGUUUCGCGCGGGAAUGCCAAAAGGCGUCGUCUGAUUUGUUCGUUCAUUAAAUAUAGUGCUACUAGGUUAUUUGUUUCAGGAUUAAGGGUUUGGGGUCGAGAUUUAGGCAUAGUAUCGAUCCGCCUGCUGUGUACAGCUUCAGAGACUAGACGCCUGUAUCAUAGAUUUAUUACUACCACUUACUCUAUGGUGUCAUUAAUUAACUUUUCACUACCGUUUCUAAUGUUUCGAGCAGUAUAAAAAGGUUUUCCUAUAUCUCGCCAUACUACAACGUCUAACCUUUGGUAGGUUCAUAUCCAGCUUGAAGGUAACUUGUGUACUGUGGGGGGGAUAUUAUGAGUAUAAUAGAAUCGGAAGGCGAAAAAAGGGAAGAGUAAAAGGAUGAUUUAAUAAGCACGUCGAUAAUACUUAUCUUUCAUGAUGAAUGAUUGAACACAAUUGGCAAUAACACAAGCAUAAGAUUAGUAUAAUUUAAUAAUCGAAACCAGAUGUUGGUGUCGUAAGGUUUCGAAUGAGUUACAAAACGUGGUGUUUAAAUUUGCAGCAGUAAAUUAAAAUUCGCCAUUUCAAUUCUGAUUAGCUCGUUCCCAUAUCAUACUUUUACUCUCAGCUUUAAACCAUAUUUUAUGUGAGCGGUAGUGAUACAGUUCAACUACUCAAUUUGAUUCACUCAUCUCCACAAUCAAAAAAACUAGCGCUAACAAUUGUUAACCACUGGGCGAAAAAGAAUUUCCUUGAGAUUCAAAUUAAUCACUCACGUCAUCAUCAACUAGACUCCAUAACCGUGGAGAGCAUUAAGAAAAGUGAUCGGCAAGUGGUUGCAGGGUCAUUGUGUUGGCUUCAUUUUAAAGUUUAGAUCAAAGUGUAUCAAUUUUCACUUAUUUGAAACCAUGGCGUUACCAGAGGGAUGCGAAAAUAUUACACAAAGGCAUGUUAUCGGAAAUGAGGUCACUUAUCUCAGGACGAUAGAAUUAAUGAUAUUCGGGCCAGUAGAUGUAUUUUCCAGGUGCUUCAGUUUACGGCACCUCAGUCCAAUACUUUGAUCAACUUCUGUGAUUCCUGUUGAGCCUUGUUGCCAUCGUUGGUAUAAGUUUUGGUUAAUAGUUCUCACGUUUACAAAUACUAGUUAAAAUCAGAUGGGUUUUGUGUAUAUCAUAGUAAUUUCAAUGGUUAAUAUCAUGAGUCAGUUGAAACUAGACCACCAAGCUCUGCUUCGGUUUGGGCACCCGGCAGUAUCACAGCCCUCACUCAUAUCAAAUGAGAUCUGUGUGGCGCAUAUGUAUUUGGUGCCUCCUUGUACCAAUAUCUAUGUAUUAAAGUAAAGUAAAGACCACCAAGCCGUCCAGUGCUUCCAGGCUUUCCAUGGUAGUUUAGCUCCAAAUGACUCAUGAUCUUAACCAUUGAAAAUACUGGUUAGUCAGGAACUCUUCAACACCGACUUACCUGUUAGUGUUAUACCAUGCUGUUUUGUAGAAUCACAAGUUAAGUCGAUUGACGUACUUUGGCUCGAAACUUGAUUCUUAUGACGUGAUAUUUUUGAGAUUCCGAUAACUUAAUUUUAUUUAAAUCACUUAACCGAUUUCUUUUGUCUAUCCCUCAAUAAUGUAAAAAAAAAGUUCAACAGAGGUGCAAAACACUUAUUCUUCAGGAAUAUAAGAUCAAGAGAUUAAAGAAAGCUCACUAAAUCAAACUUUGGAUAUAUUAGAACCUAGGAGAUACUCCUACAAAUACUCUCACCCAUACACUCAAUUUGAGAUAUAUUAGAUAUAUCAGACAUGCAACGUUUGUUAACCUACAUCCCUCAAAAUUUGAAGGUGGUGCUCAAAGACCCCAUGACGUUCCUGAAACCUUUGUCUAUUGGGUGUAUUCGUAUGUAUCCUGGUGACGAAUUGGGACGAGGUGCAGGCAAGGGUGGUGGUACUGGUGGUUCUAUUCGGGAUGCUGGUGGGGCGUUCGGCAAAUUAGAAGCACGUAAUGAGGAAGAAUACUUCUAUAAAUUGCAACAACAACAGUUACAUGAAUUAAAGAAGCAUUUAGAAGAGGAACAUGAACGUGAAAAGAAGGAGAUCAAACGACUUGAAGAAUCACUCAAAAAACGGAAAAAAUUACUGGCUGAUCUUGAAAAGAAGCAUUAGUUGACAGGAUCAACCAUUUUCAUCGACUUGUAUUAGAUAUUAUAGACUGAAAUUCCAAUUAGCAUGAUAUGUAUCUGUGUAUAUGUAGAUUUUCACAUAUCCAACAGAUUUCUGUACUUAAAAGUCGAAUGAUGAUAAAUU